AUUUAUAAAUAAUUAUCGAUAACAAAAAUUUCACAAAUUAACUUUCAUGACACUAUUUGCUUCUGGCAACGCUGUCUGUUGCUGAAGAGAUGUCAAACGGUGCGUGUUGUUUACAAAGAAACUUUUCAUUGGCUUAGUCCAUUUAAAGUCACCAUCCAAAAAAAUAACUUGAAACUUACACAAUGUCCUUUCACUUAAGUACAAAAGAACGCCUCUUACUGCUGGUAGAUGAUAUGGAAUUGAUAGCCAAAGAACUCAUUGAUAAUCUGGCCCCAAAACAUCAGAAAACAUCCACCGCGGAACAUACAGCCUUAGUAGAUCUCUUGGUCGCUAAAGAUGAAGAAUUUCGCAAAACUUUAGAACUGGCUGAUGAACAAGCUAAAAUUGAACAAAAAAUGGACGAGCUCAGAGCAAAAGUUGAUAUACAGGAUCGCGAAAUACAAAAAUUGCAAAAAUCGUUAAAGGAAGCUGAGCAUAUUUUAUCCACCGCCAUUUUUCAAGCACGCCAAAAAUUAGCAAGCAUAAAUCAAGCCAAUAAAAGACCAGUGUCUUCAGAGGAACUAAUUAAAUAUGCCCAUCGUAUUAGUUCAGCGAAUGCAGUAAGUGCUCCUUUGACGUGGUGCAUAGGCGAUGUACGACGUCCUUAUCCCACAGACAUUGAGAUGCGUAAUGGAUUCUUGGGUAAAUCCGAUCUCAAUAUUAAUGGUGGGAGUGUUGCUCAUCAGAACAAUUUGCCCGACACUCAACGGAAUAUGACUGAAGUGCCAAACGCUUUUCAAAAUCAAUUUAAUUGGAAUAAUUUAGGUGAGCUGCAUAUGUCAAUGGGCUCGUCGGGUAAUUCAGUGGCCUUGGAGACACGUUCACACAAAGAAGCCUCACAAGAUGAUGUAGAAGUUAUGUCAACGGAUAGUUCUAGCUCUAGUUCUAGUGAUUCUCAAUAAAUUUCAGAAUCUUCAAAAGGCAGGUUAAUACAUUUAAUUUCACUUUAAAUUUGUUUUAUGGAAAUGAAUAGUUUCUGCACUUAUUUUUAACAGCCGUUUAUAAGCGAGUAAAUACACACAGCAUUACCAGCCUGUUUAUUGGCUUACUCCAUUUCUGUCGGUAAGCAAAGGUGAACAAAAUUCGGCAACUCUAAAUUUUGCGUAGAUCAGUCAAAACAAAAUCUUGCUUUAUUUGUAAAUAUCUUAUUUUACUUUCUUUAAUACUUUGUAGAAAAUUGGAAAACUAUUCAAAAUAAUUUCAUAUUUCGAAUAUUUGGAAACGGCCAAAAAGAAUCCAAUUUUCUUAUUAGUGGUCUUAACACUUAAUGUUGCCAAAAUUUUUUAACACAUAGUGUUGCCAAAAUUUUGUUCAGAAGGAAUAAUACCUAAAUUAAUAGUUUAAGUCGGUUAGAGCCAACCACAUAAAAUCUUUGCUAGCAUCAUCCAACUUUUUUUUAUACGAAAAUGAAAUAACAGAAGUUCAGAUUUUAACGGCUUAGAUCACAUCAUAUAAUGAUUCUGAAUCGAU